CCAUCUCAGGAGCAGCCACCAUCAAGUCAACAAGACACUUCUCACAAUGAUGAUACCUUCAACCAAAACAACAGAAAUUCACAGUCACCAAGAUCUCCUCCAACUUCACCUACUGAAGAGACCGGGCCCAGUAAUGUGGUGGCAACGACAGGGCCCCAUGAAGGAUCCCCAGUUGAUUCCCGAUUAGGGUCCAUAGUCCAGGAGGUGCCAGGGCUCCUCGACCUCUCCCCCACCCGACGGGAUCAGGUGGUGAUGAGAGAUAGACAAAGUCCCGUCAAGAAGACUCCUGGGGAUAAGAAUGCUGAGGAAAAUCCAAUGGCUCAAAUGGAUGUGGGGAAGGAUGUGACUGGUGAAGUAAGUCGACAAAGUGAGUCGCAGGAACUGACAAAUAGAACACAAAGGUCAAGGAAAAUGGAUUCACAUGAAACAAAAGGUGCCAGUAUACAAAACAUGUCUUCUGCAACCAGUCAUGACACUGGCACACGACCCAAAUCACAUAUGGCUUCACAGGAGGUCUCAGUCUUGGGGCCUGAAUCUAGAGAAUGUUAUUCUCAUAAAUCUGAUGACUCUACAGAGCAUACUGUGUCUUCUCAUGAUGCUGUUUCUAGAGUGGAUAAAUAUGAAAACAUCAAUGCUGAUCUUUCAAGUGAUACUUCAGAGGAGGAACAAAGUUUAAAAUUCCUGGCACACCUUGCUGGAGUUUCUCCAAAAGAAGAAUCUAAUAGGGCAGCACUCCGCCUUCUGUUGACCAAGCGCCCAUCGUCCCGACAUGAAGAGCUUAAAGAAAGAGCAAGACACCUCUUGGAACAGGCAAGACGAGAAGCACAAACCCGUGGGCCUCAGCGAUCAUUAUCAAAGGAGGAGGAAGAGCGACAAGCGCAGCUGCGGGAACGUGCAAGGCGCUUGAUUGCUGAAGCAAAACAGGGUGUAGUGUCUCCGUCCUCUUUACAUGCUACUGCCAGCGCACAUCCUCCAGGCAAUUCUCAUGCAGAGGAUGGUGAUGAUGUUCACAGGGAAUAUCUCGUGCAAACGAGUACGUCUUUCAAUGAGGAAAAUGGUAAUAUCAUAUCAACCUCUGUUAGUGAAGACUCCAAAGUAUCUUUAAGCAGUAGUACCUCCACAACAAUAGUCACUUCCACCUCUACCACCAAUGUGUCUGCACCAGCUGCCUUUCCUGUCACCACAUCACCCACAGAAGUACAGUCCACAUCAACAACAGCACCUCAGAAGUCCGUAAGUGAAGGAGUGAGCAGUACGGUGGAGGGCGUGAGAGAGGUCAGGGCCCCCAGACUACAGUCAUUCAAGAACAUUAUGGACCGAAUGUCACCGGACAAAGAGAACGCCCCACAUUCUCCUCGAGCAUCCCCAGAUAAGCAAACUUGUGAAAGCAGCCGAUAUCUACAGAAUGAAUUAGAGUCAUUAGAGAGAGAACAACAACAAAUUGAUGAACAGGCUGCAAAAUUAGAAAAGCGGUUGAGAAAAAUCAUGGAACUCAACACGCGAAGUGAGGACGAGGAGCGCCUCAUGCAACAGUGGUUCACGCUUGUCAACAAGAAGAACGCUCUCAUCCGCCGGCAGAUGCAGCUCAACAUCCUAGAGAAGGAGGAGAACCUUGAGCGGCGGUUCGAGCUGCUGAACCGUGAGCUUCGCGCGAUCCUGGCCAUCGAGGACUGGCAAAAGACGGAGGCACAGAAGCUGCGGGAGAAGCUCCUUCUGGAGGAGCUCGUCACCAUCGUCAACAAGCGGGACGAGCUGGUCAUCCACCUCGACAACCAGGAGCGAGCGAUCGACGAGGACGAGCAAAUCGAACAUGACGUGUCGAGGGCGAGCAUCAAACCGCAGGAGAAAUGCGCCCUCAUGUAGGAGUCGUCGGGUUCCACCGCGAGAUGCACGCGCCCUGCGCAAGGCGGUGCGACUCUGACCCUCCGCAACUCAGCCGUCCUCUCUGGCCGCCGCCCUCACCCCACGCCCUGGCCAACACCCACGGCCGCCCAAGCACACCAAGGCCGCCCGAACCUCCUCCGUCAACUCAACUGCCGCCCACAAUAUCUUCGUGGGUGAAUCACAGCGUCGACUCCGCCAUGUGGAUCGAAGAACGUCGCCCGCGCCGUCUGAAGGAGCGACUUGUUUGAAGGAGCCAAAUUCGAAACGUAUUCGGUAUAGAUUUGGUCGUUGCUUCGAUGUAAUGCAAACCGAUGCCUACUUUGAUCUCGCAAAAAUAUAGUCAGGAUUUCUUAUUCUGUUUUCCAAAGUUCAAAAAGACGUCACAUUCGGAUAAGCUGGACCGAGCCAAGUCAGGAAUGUGAGAAACGGACAAAGGCAAAUGGGUCGUUCUUCCCACGUGCGGUCUCUGGUCGCGUGGUCACCUGCUGAUAUUAUCAUAUUCCCGCAUCCCAUGUCAAAUACUUAAGUUAUCGUAAAUUGACUUUUAUCAGAUUCCCCCUAUUGAUUUAGGCGACUCUGUAGCAUUCGGGAUCGCAGUACCUUAAGUACUGGCACCUGUUCCUGACUUAACGUUACGUAUACUAUUGCAUUGUCCAUUCGUGCUGCUGUGACAGACGGAGCCGCUCGGCGCCCCUCGCAGUAGAACGUCCUUGUCAAAAAUGUUCUAGGAAAUUCAUGUGGCUGAGACGGCAAGGUCUUAUCAGAAGCAAAACUUUCUUGUAAUUAAAGUCGCUUGUGAUUGGAUUAAUGUUAUAUCAGAGCAAGAGACUGCGUGAUUGCAGGAAUGUCCUUGUGAUACAAUAUUGGACAGUAAUUAGCUGGCGUCGGAAUCGUGAAACGAUGAAUUGGUGUGCUCUGCAGUCGGCUAAACUGGAAGGACAAGUUGCCUCGUCAAGCAAGUGGCCGGGACGUUAUACCGAAAUCCUAAGAAGUCGAUCACACCCAGGCCGUGUUGGCCCAUCGCCAGAGGCAGUCGCAAGGAAGCCUCAGGCCUCGAGGCGCAGAAGAGCUCCCUCGCAGGGCCUGUUGGACUCGUCCACGGCGGCAGCAGCGGCAGCCUCUCCGAAGGGCCGUUGCUGCGAGCAAGUUGAUGUUGACUCUACAGCUUUUGUAUUCUGAGUCGUGGUGGGGCGAAAGACUGAGUGAGUGCGUUCGUAUGGUGUGGCAUAAAUAAAAGCAGAAGCAAUAGGACAAAAUGUGAUGUCGAAACUCGAGUUUCAUGGAGUCAGUUUUGAUUUACAUAGCUUUAGUUUGUUUACAUGUUAAGUGAUUUCAUGAUAUUUCCUAGGUUUUUACGGUACCAAAUGUAGGUCGCGUACGUGCCAUGGAUUUUAGUUCUAGUAGCCUUAUUUGCGCAGCAAGUUGCUUUAAACUUUAAACUCGCAAGCCAACAGGGCAGCAACCUGCCAAAGACUCGACGGUCUGCGCCUUUCACAGACACUAGUUUUAUUCUUGAUUAUCUGAUUACGUAGGUUGACUACCACUACUUAACAAUGCUGUACUUAACACCAGGUGAUUCCUUACUGAAGCUGCGGUGACAGCAACGAGUAUUUCGCUGCUCGAGCGCCUGAAGAGCGACUCGCCCGCCAGAGUCAGACGGAUUUUCCUUUCAACUCGUUGCUGAUUUGGUUUCUUCGUUUUAACUAGCAACUGUCUCGUCUUGUACUGAAAGAAAUCGAAUGAAUUAAAGAACAAAAUUUCUUUAUGAUUCGUAUGCUUUGAUGAUUCCUGUACUGAAAUUACCAGUGAAAAACAUAUUACUUGAUGGGACUUACAUCACUGCCAACAAGACGCGACGCCUUACCCGCCUCCUGAGCUGAAAGGGCAACUUGUGGAGCGACCGACGACGAGACAGGGUAUUCGUAGAGGAAGGGGAGAUGGCCAUCGUUAAACUUGAGAAAAUCUUUUUGCAUUUAUUGUCUGUCAGUCACUUUCAUUUACCGGCCAGUUAUUUACUUAUGACAACAAAAAUAUUCAAACCAACAGUACUCUGCAGUUUUGAGAAUAUAAUGCUUACUAAGUCGACCGAAUAUUAACCAAGAACAAGUAUCCUCUUCCUAAGGGGAAGAAACGGAACCGGUUUAACACGCAAAGAACAUCCUAAUAACAAUUUACUCAAAAUUUGCAAAAGUUGCAAGAUUGCCCAGAGGUUCAAAGAGUUAGCUUUCUGCCGUAAGAGUGAGUGAAAGCAGGUCACCUGGGACAGGCGAAGAAAUGAUCCUCACGCGGGGAGUGCCAGCUGCCCCAGAGCGGCCCUCGCGCCACCCGACGCCGGGCGCGGAGGCCGAGCAGACACCCAUGAUCACAUUACUAGAGCCGCGAGAAACACCCCUGUAAGUAAGUUUUCAGCUUCACUCUAAACCAUUUGUGAUAACCCUGCUGUUUCGACGAAAAGCAUAUAUUUAUAGAUGAUAUAUAUAAAUGUAUUAUGUCUGUUUGUGAUAUUUUAUCGUUUACUGUGCUCACAUGUUCUUGUAGGUUAAGUGUAUAAUAUGAUUAUUAUUUCAUUUGUAUUGGUGUAUUUCUAAGUCAGAUUUAUACACUGUAGGGAUGCAAGUGUAGGUGUUCAUUCCGUGUUGUAAUACUGAGGUAAACGAGAACGCAGCAAGUGACGCAGUGCCAUGACAAUGUUUGGAUAUCAGAAGAGACGGUAAUGUGGUUUUGUUUAGCCUUAGGUUUUAAAGCUUUAUAGGAUAUACAAAUUUAUUUAAUUUUUUUCUGUUAUGGAAGGUGGCAGCAGAUAUUCUGUUCAGACCUAUAACUGUGCGUUUUUUUGCAUUAUGUUAAGGUUCCUAAUUUAUGGAAGCACAGUACACUGUAAAAAAAAACAAUGAUGUUGGGUUUUGUCCA